AUGCGCCUAAGCAAUAGUUUCGUCGAUCAAAUUGAGUUCAAAAUGAAUGUAAAGAAGGGCCAGAAGAACCCCAAAUUAUGGUUGGCUGCUUUAGUGGCCACGUCUGUUUUAACUUUGUCAUAUAAAGUCUAUGAGAAUUAUUUUAUAGGAUCAACAGCAUCGUCAGAAAGUAACAAGAAGAGAAAGUAUACAAAUAAAUCCAUAGCAUUAACAUUGUCACAUUCAGUUUUAAAUUCUAAGCUCCCGUUGAAUGAAAUAUUAGUGAAUUCCGAGAAUGUCACUUUCAUUUUACCACCAAACUUAUCGGUUGAAGAUUUGGCAUGCAACAUAGAGAACAAUUACAAUUUACCGAAGACAUUAAUUCAAAACUACAAACUUUUAAAAUGUGGCAACAUUCAAGGCUAUUUCAGCAUUCUUAAAAGCCUUGAGCCUGAUUUAUUGCUUAUCUGUCUGGAUGAUCUAGGUCUCCCCACAAUACCGCAGGAGAUGAAUAGGUUCGUGAAGGAGAUAAUUACAAUUGAUCAAAAUAAUGAAGACGUUUAUUCCAAGGUUUCUCCUUUGUUCUUCAAAUAA